GUUGCCUGCAACUGCACAGGAAAGGCACCAAGUUUCCCUAUUAUUAUUUCUCCCAGCCUGGACCAACACCCACACGCGCACACGGGCGAAACCCCAACCAAGCUCCUCCUCAGCUCAGCUUCUCCUGUGCUCUGCCCUCCUCUUCUCGCAGGAGUGAGAGAAGCCGAGGAGGAGGAGGAGGAGGCUUUUGUUUGGUUGAGACGCCACAAACUCCACCAAGGGCCAAUCAACGAACGCCUCGAUUUCUUUUAAGCGGCGUCUCAAGGUGGAGGCCGAAUCAUCUGUGGCCACUUUGGCAUCUGCCGGAAUCGAUGCUGUAGCAUCCAUAAAUACCGCCCUUCUCUGCCGCCCCCCAUCUCCCCUCCCCCUCUUCUUCCACCUCCCAAGAGCUCGCUUUUGAGAAAGAAAGGUGAAAAAUCUUGGUCGGUUGGCCCGGCCAGCCAGCCAGCCGCCUCGCGGUCGCGGAGAUGAUGAAGGAGUCGUACAUGGAGGUGCUCCCGCCGGCGCCGGCGCACUACUUCGUCGGCCAGGCUGCGGCGGCGGGCGGGUGGUUCUUGCCGGACCGGCGCGGCGGCGGCGGAGCGUGGUCGCAGGAGGAGAACAAGGUGUUCGAGCAGGCGCUGGCGGCGCUCGACCGGAACGACCCGGAGAGGUGGGAGCGGGUGGCGCUGCUGCUGCCCGGCAAGACGGUGGCCGACGUCAUGACGCACUACGACGACCUCGAGAACGACGUCUGCUUCAUCGAGGCCGGCCUCGUCCCCUUCCCCCACUACGGCGCCGCCGGCGGCGGCGGCGGCUCCGGGUUCACUCUUGACUGGGACGGCGGCGAUGACCCCGCCGGCCUUGGGUUCAAGCGCUCCUGCUACAUGGUCGGCGGCAAGCGCGCGCGCGGCCCUGACCAGGAGCGCAAGAAGGGCGUGCCGUGGACAGAGGAGGAGCACAAGUUGUUCUUGAUGGGGCUGAAGAAGUACGGCAGAGGUGACUGGAGGAACAUCUCCCGCAACUUCGUGACGAGCCGGACGCCGACGCAGGUGGCCAGCCACGCGCAGAAGUACUUCAUCCGGCUCAACUCCGGCGGCAAGGACAAGCGCCGCUCCAGCAUCCACGACAUCACCACCGUCAACCUCCCCGACGACGACCACGGCAACCCCUCGCCGUCGCCGCCGCCGUCCGUGCUCACCGCGCACUCCUCCUCCUCCGCCGCCGCCGUCUCGGAGCAGUUCGGCGUGCUCGUCGACGGCAAGCCUCCGCCGCCGCCGCUCGGCCGUGGCGCCGGGCACCACCACUUCAUGCCCCAUCCCUACGCCCAGGUGAAGAUCGAGGCCGGCAAUUCGCACGUCGCCGGCGGCGGCCGCCUCGACGACUCCGUUCUGGUGCAGAUGCAAUGCGGCCAGCUGAUGCAGCCUCUCGGUUGACAACCCUGUUCCUGGAGCAGCAACCCACGACCAACCAUGAAAAUGCUCUCGUCUCUUGGUGUGCUCGAGGAGGGAGAUGCAACUCGUGCUCUUGCUUCCAACCAUCAAUGGAGUUCUGAAAACGAAAUGAUCGCAACAGCACGAAGGACAAGUAGUAACAGCACAGUAGCCAGGCAUUGCGCUGCUGCUAAAUUAAGCUCCCUACUACCGUGUAUCCCGGAUGAUGAGAGGAAGAAGAAGAAGAAGAAGAAGAAUCACGAGAUAGAAGAAAAAGAAGAAGAAGAAGAAGAAGCAUAUUGGACAUGGCAUCUCUGCAUUUCGCAUCUGUGUACAUAAGACCAAGACCAAGGUUAAAUAAUUAGUUCACAAUUGAUAUUUGAUACUCCAUUGAUUAUCUCCUGUGCUAUGGGAGGAGGCACAGGAUGGGUACUACUACCAGCUAGACACCGUUUUUGUUGAUGUACUAUUAGUCAAGUUAUUAUUGUCAUGCAAGUAUUAUUUGGAGAUAUAGCACGUAGCAGCAGCAUAUUGUCUCUGUUUUUUUUUUUGUCAAGGCUCUCUAGUGUUCAGUUGAGGGUAUUAGCAUUGGUCACCCUCUCAUUGACCCUUGCUUUAUUAAUGAUAAUUAUGGUUUUUAUCUGCU